AUUGAGGCAAGCCUAUAUUGUCUGUGUUUAUUGUACGCUGUUGAUGGAGCCAUCACAGCCACCAACUCGCGCCUCGCUUCUCGUCCUGGCACAAUAAAGAAGCCGGCCUGCUUGUCUGUUUACCUACAGUAGGCAGACAGUGCUCCAAGGAAUCUGCGCGUGGUUUCAGCGCCAAACGAGAAGAAAAAAAUCGGGCAAUAUGCACAUCCGAAAACGGCCAUGACCCAAAACACAGAUAUCUCUAUCGCCAGCCUGCACCUGGCCACCUCCACACACUCGUAUUGCAUGUUUUGCCUAGCAGAAUCCAGCCACGAGAAUACCAAGAUAUCCAGAUAUCCAGACACCAUACAUCAUGGCGUCUCAUCAUUUAAUAGGCACUCUUGAUAUUGGCGCCGCCACACGGCCGCCGGAAGAACAGGCGCCAGAAGACAUUGCCACGACACCGAUCAGGCCAUCAAUAGAAUCAGAUAGCGACGAAAUGGCUGCUAGUGCCGACAACAGCUCGAGCCCUCUACGUCGCUCGACGCGCGUGAGGAAGCCUGUGCAGCGCUACGGACAGGGCUCCGACGCCGGCAGCCCCAAGGAGGCGUCGCCCCCGGCGAAGAGGCAGCGCAAGACGGCUUCUACCGAGCCAAAGACCCCGACCAAAAAGGCUGGCCGAGGCAAGAAGGCAACCCCGGCCGAAAGGGCAACCCCGGCCAGGAAGGCAACCCCGGCCAAGGAGGCAUCCCCGGCCAAAGUGGCAUCCCCGGCCAAAGUGGCAACCCUGGUCAAAGAGGCAACUCCUGCGGCAAAGGCAUCCCCCGCCGCCAAGUCUCCCUCCCCAAAGGCUUCUCCGGUGGCAAAGGCCGAUGAUGCCGUCGCUGAUGGAGCCGGGGAGGCUGCGGCCGCCAGCGCCACCGCCGACGAUGGCCAGGACGCCGAUCAAGAUGACGACGGCCUCCACGCAGUCCUCAGUCUCGACCCUGACGAAGUCGAGGACUAUGAGGGUUGGACCGAGCUGGAGUCGGAUCCGGCGCUGUUCAAUCACAUCCUGCACAAGCUUGGGGUCUCGGGCGUCCGCUGCGAAGAGGUCCUCGUUGUUGACGAGGGCGAGGUGAUGCUGCUCAAACAACCUAUUCACGGCUUCAUCUUCCUCUUCGAGUGCGAUGAUGCCCCGGAGGCCGACGAGACCGUUAGCCCUCCCGAGGGCAUGUGGUUUGCACGCCAGACCAUCGCCAACGCCUGCGCCUCCGUUGCGCUCUUCAACAUCCUCAUGAACGCCGAGGGGAUCAGUCUGGGAGACGAGCUACAAAAGUUCAAAGACGAGACGGCGGACUUGAUCCCUCCGCACAGGGGAACCGCCCUGGCGCAGAAUCGCUUUAUCCGCAAGAUCCAUGACACCUUUGCUCGUCGCCUGGAUCUGCUGGACGAAGACCUGUGUCUUUUGAACCAGUACGAUGCGUACCAGAGGCAAAAUAAGAGAAGAAGGGGCGCGGCCAAGCCCAAGGCCAAGCAGAGCAAGAAGCGCAAGCGAAAGGCGGCCAUCGACCCCAACUCGGCCAAGCACUACGUCGCCUACAUCCACCAGGGCGGGAGACUGUGGGAGCUGGACGGCCUGGAGGAAGCGGCCAUCGAUCUGGGCCCUGCCGGGGACAACUGGGUCGGUGCCGUCAUCCCCUUCGUUCAAAACAAGAUCAACGAGCUGGGCGACCAGGCCAACCUGAUCGCGCUCUGCCAUAACGAGGGGGGCGAGCUGAAGCGGAAGCUGGCGGCCAACGUGGCCUCCAUUGUGGAGCUCUCCAAGAGUGUCGCGGCGCACGACGAGUGGCGCGUCAAGGAGCUCGAGGAGGUGGGUUGGGCGGCUGACCCAGACAAUGCCGAGUACGUCGCGGCGCUGGCCGACAUGGGCCUCACGGCCGAGGACGUCGCUACGGCUGCUGCGGGGGCCGGGGAGGGCAAGGCUGGCGAGGCUCCAGGCGAUGAUGAUGAGAAUGCGGGAGAAGAUGCAGGGCCGUACAAGACCCAAGAGGAAGCCGCAGAGGCCGCUGCAAAGCUGGUCGAGGCGCACCUGAAGCUCCAGGCCAACUACGGAGACGAGCGGGCGCUGGCGCAGAGCGACGAGGAAACGGCAAAGGGAAGGGAGACGGACCUCACGGCCAUGGUGCACACGUGGGUGGAGCUCAUGUGCGAGGCCGACAUUCUCGACACGACGGCCGAGGCGGUCAUGGAGGCGGCGGCCGGGAAGAAGUGAUUGGGGGACUGGGAUGGGACAGGCAGGGUGGUUUUGUAAGGGGACGGCGUUGGUGCGUUUUUGUGUUGUUUGUAUUUCUCGACUCUGUUUUGUCUUUUUAGUUUUGAGGGUAUUUUGAGUUGUUGUUGUCUUCGUCUUUCUUUUUCUGCAUUCCUGUUGAAGGCCGUCCGGGAUGUGGUUGGUAUUACAUAAUCGGUAGUUUGUGACACCAGCAAAGGGGUUCCGAGCUCCAGGUGGAUUGGCCAGGCAGGUGCCGCUGCGUACCUCUGGCGUCAGUUUGAAGGCACCGCGGCGAGGGGAAUUCACCUCCAGUAUCAAUCUAUUCCAGCACCAACAAGCAAAAGGCCGACAAC